CAAAUUCAGUUGUGCGUAUACCCUGUCGUAGAAAAGAACUUUUUAUUUUUUGUAUCUAGAUACAAAACAUUUUUUCACAUCGAACGAAAAGCUUAAAUUCUAAUUUCAUCAAUAUGGACAUUGAAAUAGGCUAUUUGGACUUAAUAAAAAUGGGCUUUAAACUUGCUGGUCAUAAAUUUCAACAAUAUCGAUUAAAAACAAACGAAACAAAGAUUAUCGCUACGACCGAUGGAAAACUUAAAGGUGUUAAACGAAUCACAGCUUAUAAUGAUACAUAUCAUAGUUUUGAAAAAAUUCCAUUUGCAAAACCACCCGUUGGUGAUCUAAGAUUUAAAGCUCCGGAACCGUGUGUCCCAUGGGAAGGUGUUCGAGAUUGUUACUCACCAGGCAAAAAACCUCUUCAGGAACACAUUAUAUUUGGAAAUGUUGAUGGAUCUGAAGAUUGUUUAUAUUUAAAUGUUUAUGUUAAAAAGCUUCUCUCUGAAAACCCUCUGCCAGUUAUGGUUUGUAUUUAUGGUGGAGCAUUCCAAGUUGGAGAAGCUUCUAGAGAUGUUUAUAGCCCUGAUUAUUUUAUGAGAGAAGAUAUUGUGCUGGUUAUGGUUUCAUACCGCCUGGGACCUUUUGGUUUUAUAAGCUUUAAAGAUCCUUCACUUAAUAUUCCUGGAAACGCAGCCCUGAAGGACAUCGUAUUAGCCCUAAGAUGGGUUAAAAAAAAUAUUCAAUACUUCAAUGGAGACGCAAAUAAUAUAACUCUUUUCGGUGAGAGUGCAGGUGGAGUUUCCACACACUACAUGAUGAUAACAGAUCAAACCAAGGGCUUAUUUCAAAAAGCAAUCGUUCAGUCCGGCAGUGUUCUGGCCUCAUGGGCAACUACUCCCUACAGCAGCUAUCCAUACAGACUUGCCCUUGCAGCGGGCUAUAAAGGUGAAGAAAAUGAAAAGAAGAUUUGCGAGUUUUUAACGAAAUGCAAUGGAAAAAAAAUUAUCACUGCCCAAAAGAAUCUACUCACCGAAGAAGAACGUCGUGAUCGAUUAAUUUUCAUAUUUGGACCAGUUAUUGAACCAUACAUAACCGCCCAUUGUGUCGUUCCAAAACACCCGGUAGAAAUGUUAAGAACUGCUUGGAGUAAUGAAAUUCCACUGAUAAUCGGCGGAUGUUCUUUUGAAGGGCUUUUUAGCUAUGCAGAAACAAUAAAAUCUCCAGGAAGAAUAAAUAACUUGGGGGAUUGCCAGCAUAUUGUUCCACCAGAACUUUGUCCAGAUCGAACAACCGAUCUUUGUAAGGAACUUGGCUUGAAACUGAAAAAGGCACAUUUUGGAGAUAAUCAACCUUCAAUAACACAUCUAUAUUCAUAUUUAGACCUUAUGUCUUAUAGACUUUUUUGGCAUGCAAUUCAUCGUGCUCUACAGUCCCGUUUGGCUUACGCAAGUGCACCGACCUACCUUUAUCGAUUCGAUUUCGAUUCGGCGUUCUUUAACCAUUUUAGAUUGUUAAAGUGCGGAAAAGAAGUUCGAGGUGUUUGUCAUGGCGAUGAUCUGUCAUAUCUCUUUUACAACAUUAUUUCUGUGAAGCUCCAACACGACAGCCCCGAAUAUAAGACCAUGGAGCGAAUGAUCGCCAUUUGGACACAUUACGCAGCAACAGGAGACCCCAACACGGAUCGUAUACAACCUGUUGUAUGGAAGCCAGCUGAAAUAGACGAAUCUCCAACAAAAUGUCUUAACAUAAGUCAUGAUGUGAAGUACAUAGAUUUGCCCGAAUCAGACAAGUUGAAAAUUUGGGAUAGCUUGUAUACCAAAGAUUUGUACUAACUGCAGACAGAAAAUCCAUAUUGUGUUUUUUAGAACAGUAACUGGCAUUAUAUAGAUAAGUAAUAGGUGUUUGUUGUAACGGCUGGUACAUCAUUAGCUAAUUUGCUUCUUCAAUGGGCUCUGUGGUACUAUUUGUAUGUAUGUGGCUUAGCUAUAUAUUCCGCGAAAAAACAAGGCUUUAGUGAAGGCCAUUCACUAGCUUUAAUCGCGAGACUCAACUGUCGAUAAGAAUUUUGCUAUGGGUUUAUUAUUUUUGAAAAUUGAUAAAAGUGCAACUUGUUAAAAUUUUGACGAACAAAAAAUUAAGUAUAUUUUAAUACUUAAUGAAUAAAGCGAAAUUUUAAUAUUGUAUUAAUUUAUUGAAUAAAAGGUGACCCUCGUAAUAGGGAUACUUGUACCUUGGCGAUUUAAGCAAAGUUGUAUUUGAAAUUCUGUGUUCUCAAAAAAAAAAAUAUCUUGUUUUGUGAAUUAAUAUGUAUCCAUAUAAUCAAAAUUUACAAAAGCACAAACUUUUAAAUCUCAAAAGAUAAAACGAAUUCAUUAAAUUUUGUAAUGUAUACAUGCAUUUAUGUGGUAUAAGAUAGAUUGUAUUUAUUCUGAAUAAAAGUUUAUAUUUAUGUUGUUUAUAAUAUUUUCUAAA